AAAAUAUUGAAUCCAUUUUAGAAUAAGGUUGUAACGUAACAAAAUGUGGAAGAAGUCAAGGGAUCUGAAUACUUUCCGAAUGCACUGUACAUAUCAAUAUGGUUUGUUAUUAAGGCUUGCGGUGAUCGUAAUUGUAUAGUCAUUUUUGACCUAUUACAACUAAAUAAUGGUAGAGGACAACAGAAUGUUCAGCUUUUUCAAAGACUGUUAAAUGAAUGAUGGUUGAUGAUUGCAUAGCCUCAAAUAGCUGAUAGAGUGUGACCCAUUACGGCUUCAUCCACUUUUUGUGAUGAUUCGUCAUUCGCUUUCCGGCGACAAAGGGUUGCUAGAGAUCAUUUGCAAGAACUGUGGUGGCACUGCAUUUAAUCUUAUCUUCAUCGCCUCAUGUUUAGUCCCCUGACUCUCAAAAAGGAAGUGACAAGGAAGUAGAAUAUAAAGAUGAUAGAUAUUGUUGUGGUUGGCAGGCUAUGGGGGUGUAUGGAAAUUGGACAUCGUAAUGUAAUUCUCUUCUAGGAAAUAUUAAUAUAACUCUGGAAGUUCCAUCAUACAUCUUGAGAGUAUUUAUAUGAGGAGAUGCAACCCUUAUGGACUCAGACUACAGAGGAACUAAAACAAAGACAGGUCAAACGCCAGACUUUCGACAUCUCAAAUCAUCAUGAAGACUACCUGCUUGGCUCUUGGGUUAUUGCUGCUGACAGUAUCCCAGUCCUAUGCUAUCCCUCUUGGACUGGAGUCAUCACCUGACAGCUGCUGUUUCAGCUUCUCCAAAAUUAGAGUGCCCCCCAAGAAGAUCGACUCCAUCCAGAGAACUCACAGUGGAUGCCCCCGACCAGCAUUUGUGGUCAGAAAUGUUGAGGGCAGAGUGAUUUGCUUCCAGUCAAGUGUGCCGUGGGUACAGAAAGCCUUCAACCGGGCCAAGCAGCCAGCAGCUGUGGCCACAAGUAGCGGCAUUGAGGGCUCCAGUCAUCCUUGAUAACCUCCUCAUCAUGACUCAAGCCUCACAAGACUAUAUCGUCAUCAACAUGCAAGCAAUGCAUUCUAAGUGACAUGUUUAUCUCUUAGAAUGCAGCAAUGACUAUUUUGCGACAUGGAAUUGGGGAAGGAGUGUACACACCUUUUUGUUUAUGUGAAAAUCCACUGCUUAAAUAAAAUGAACAUUUGACUUAAACAUAAGUCUCAUCUUUAAUAUAAUAAUGUACAGUUAGAUAGAGAACAGAUGAUAAAAUGAAGAACCAAAUAAAGCUGAAAACAGUGUA